CCUGCCUCCCUCCUAGUAUCCUGAAAGGCUGGAGGAGAAAAAGGCAGGGCGCGCUCACGCGUCAGGUUUUGAAAUGUGGGGCACGGUUACCUCAGGAGCGGACACCGUCAUCUAAUUCGGGAGGAGGGGGGGGAGAGAGGACUAAACCAUCGAGGCGCGGUCUGCUUUCAGUGUGUCUCGGCGGCGCCGGGAGGCGCUCGGUUUCCUGUAGGGAUGGUGGAGAAGCGGCGGCCCUGAGAUGUAGAGCGGCCGCCUGCCUGCCCAUUGAUGAAAGGGGAGCGCCGGGUGUCACCUUCUGUGUCAUCUUGAUCGGAUUUGUGUGGUGGGCCAGCUUUGUGUUUUUUUCCCUCUUCCCCCUGGGAUUCUAAUAUCUUCUCGGCUGGACCUUAUUAUUUUUAUUUUUACAAUUUGAAAUCCCCUCUCAGGACCAUGGCCGACGACGACGUGCUGUUUGAAGAUGUGUAUGAGCUGUGUGAGGUGAUCGGAAAGGGUCCCUUCAGCGUUGUCCGAAGAUGCAUAAACCGAGAAACUGGACAGCAGUUUGCUGUCAAAAUAGUCGAUGUGGCAAAGUUUACAUCAAGCCCUGGAUUAAGCACAGAAGAUUUGAAGAGAGAGGCCAGCAUAUGCCACAUGCUGAAACAUCCACACAUUGUAGAGCUAUUGGAAACGUACAGCUCCGAUGGAAUGCUCUAUAUGGUCUUUGAAUUCAUGGAUGGAGCUGAUUUGUGCUUUGAAAUCGUAAAGCGAGCUGAUGCCGGAUUUGUAUACAGUGAAGCUGUUGCCAGUCAUUACAUGCGGCAAAUACUGGAAGCUCUACGCUACUGUCAUGAUAACAACAUCAUUCACAGAGAUGUAAAGCCUCAUUGUGUACUCCUCGCUUCAAAAGAAAACUCUGCCCCAGUCAAGCUCGGAGGAUUUGGCGUUGCAAUACAGCUGGGCGAGUCUGGCCUUGUAGCUGGAGGUCGUGUAGGAACACCACAUUUUAUGGCUCCAGAAGUAGUAAAAAGAGAGCCGUAUGGAAAGCCUGUAGAUGUUUGGGGAUGUGGUGUCAUUCUUUUUAUCCUAUUGAGUGGCUGUUUGCCUUUUUAUGGCACGAAGGAAAGGUUGUUUGAAGGCAUUAUUAAAGGCAAAUAUAAGAUGAAUCCAAGACAAUGGAGCCAUAUAUCUGAAAGUGCCAAAGACCUGGUGCGCCGCAUGCUCAUGCUGGACCCUGCUGAAAGAAUAACAGUCUACGAGGCACUCAAUCACCCAUGGCUGAAGGAAAGAGAUCGCUAUGCAUACAAGAUACACCUGCCAGAAACUGUAGAACAAUUAAGAAAAUUUAACGCUAGAAGGAAAUUAAAGGGAGCUGUUUUAGCUGCCGUGUCUAGCCACAAGUUCAAUUCAUUCUAUGGGGAUCCUCCAGAGGACUUACCCGACUUUUCAGAAGACCCAACUUCAUCAGGACUUCUAGCUGCAGAAAGAGCGGUGUCACAAGUACUGGACAGCCUGGAGGAGAUCCAUGCGCUCACAGACUGCAGUGAGAAAGACCUCGACUUUUUGCACAGUGUUUUUCAGGAUCAGCACUUGCACACACUACUAGAUCUUUAUGACAAAAUCAAUACAAAGUCUUCGCCACAAAUCAGGAAUCCUCCGAGUGAUGCUGUACAGAGAGCCAAAGAGGUUUUGGAAGAAAUAUCAUGUUACUCUGAAAACAAUGAUGCAAAAGAACUGAAGCGUAUACUAACACAACCUCAUUUCAUGGCCUUACUACAAACUCAUGAUGUGGUAGCCCAUGAAGUUUACAGUGAUGAUGCACUAAGAGUUACGCCCCCUCCAACAUCUCCCUACCUGAACGGAGAUUCUCCAGAAAGUGCAAACGGUGAUAUGGAUAUGGAAAACGUUACACGGGUCAGAUUGGUGCAAUUCCAGAAGAAUACAGAUGAACCUAUGGGUAUAACGCUAAAGAUGAAUGAGCUGAACCAUUGUAUUGUUGCAAGAAUUAUGCAUGGAGGAAUGAUUCACAGACAAGGUACCCUCCAUGUAGGUGAUGAAAUUCGGGAAAUCAAUGGAAUUAGUGUAGCAAACCAGACAGUGGAACAGCUUCAGAAAAUGCUGAGAGAAAUGAGGGGUAGUAUCACUUUCAAGAUUGUUCCUAGUUACCGUACUCAGUCUUCAUCCUGUGAGAGAGAUUCCCCCUCUACAUCCAGACAGUCCCCAGCUAAUGGUCAUAGCAGCAUUAACAAUUCUGUUUCGGACAUACCGUCAACUACCCAGUCAAAAGGACGACAGUUCUUCUAUCAAAACUUCAGCAUCCCAGGCCACCACAAUAUAAAUGAAAUAGGGCCAGGGAGUGUACAAGAAAUCUUCACACAAAUAUACGUAAGAGCACAAUUUGAAUACGAUCCUGCAAAGGAUGACCUCAUACCCUGUAAAGAAGCUGGUAUCAGGUUUAGGGUUGGAGAUAUUAUCCAGAUUAUUAGUAAAGAUGAUCACAACUGGUGGCAAGGCAAAUUGGAAAAUGCCAAAAACGGUACGGCUGGUCUCAUUCCUUCUCCCGAACUUCAAGAAUGGCGAGUUGCUUGCAUUGCAAUGGAAAAAACAAAGCAGGAGCAACAAGCCAGUUGUACUUGGUUUGGAAAGAAAAAGAAGCAGUACAAAGAUAAAUAUUUGGCAAAGCACAAUGCAGUUUUUGAUCAAUUAGAUCUAGUCACUUAUGAAGAAGUAGUGAAACUGCCUGCCUUUAAAAGGAAAACACUAGUACUUCUAGGUGCACAUGGUGUUGGCAGACGACAUAUAAAGAAUACACUUAUUACUAAACAUCCUGACAGAUUUGCUUACCCUAUCCCUCAUACAACCAGACCUCCAAAGAAAGAUGAAGAAAAUGGGAAGAAUUACUUCUUUGUAUCUCAUGACCAAAUGAUGCAAGAUAUCUCCAACAAUGAAUACUUGGAAUAUGGCAGCCACGAGGAUGCUAUGUAUGGGACAAAACUGGAAACAAUACGAAAGAUCCAUGAGCAGGGACUUAUUGCAAUACUUGAUGUAGAACCUCAGGCUCUUAAAGUCCUGAGAACAGCAGAAUUUGCUCCCUUUGUGGUCUUUAUUGCUGCACCUACAAUUACCCCAAGCAUCAGCGAGGAUGAGUCUCUUCAACGCCUGCAGAAAGAGUCGGAGAUCCUUCAGAGAACAUAUGCACACUACUUUGAUCUAACAAUUAUUAACAAUGAAAUUGAUGAAACUAUUAGACAUCUGGAGGAAGCCAUUGAGCUUGUGUGCACAGCACCACAGUGGGUUCCAGUGUCCUGGGUCUAUUAGACCACUUUCAAGAGAACUUUUGGCAUUUUAUUACUUCUAAACCACCUCGUGCAGUACUUGGAGAAACCUCUUUGUUGGCAUUAUGUCAACUGGUCUUGGCCCCUAGAGACUACCUAAAUGUAGUGUGACCUGAAUUUAUAAUUAUUGUUAUGUCCUAAUAGAUGGAAAUGAACUGAGCAAAUUUACAUUUUAAAGAGACAGUAUCUUUUUUUUUUUUUUUUUUUUUUUUUACUUUUUUUCUUUCUUGUGUUAAACCUUACAUUUUUUAAUAUCUGCAUUAUUCAGUUGUUUGGAAUGUUAUAUUUUUAAAACCAUAGCUUUUUUUCAAAGGCCUCCGAAAACUGCACAAGUGAUAUGCUGCUUUCUAUAAUCUAUUUUAAUAAUGGGAAUUUUCAUUAAUUUAGCAGGGGUGAAACACUAUGUUUUAGAGUCUUUUUCGAGUCAGUGGGACAAUAGUAAAGGCAUAUUUAAUUUAUUUACACUAAAUAGCCUUCAUCUAUUGAAAGAGGAGAUACCACAUAUUUAAUGGCCUUUUUCAUUUACUGCAUACAAUAAUAAUUUUAUUUGAUACUGUCUCUUUGAAGAGGUCUGUAAACAAUAUAGAGAUUUCAAACCGGGUCUUAAUGCAUGUGGACAGUCGCAAGCGUUUAUACUGUUGGUGUGUCUGUGUUGAACAAAACUGUAACUUACAGAAACAUACAUUCCGUUCAUGGGAAACCGUACCCGAGGGAGUUAAAUAAAAUUAUUAUAACCGAGUUGUGAACCUAUGCACAUCCCUUGCAUUUUGGGCAACUUUAUAAAAAAAAAAGCUGAUUUUUAUUAUUAAUCAUGUAGUGAAAUGUGUUUGUAAUUUUGUCUCAAUUUAUUUUUUGUUGUAAACAGGGAAGGGUUAUACCAAUUUUUUAUUUUUUUCCUGUUUUCCCUCCAUUUUGGGUCUGUGUUGUCAAGAGAGUAUUAAUGUAUAAUUAAGUUGUAAGGAUUUUUUUCCCUCUUAUGCAUAUGUAAUUGUUAACAAUGCACAACAUUUUAAGAGUUAUAUAAUAAAACGGUUUUUGGGGACCUAUUCGAAAAUCAAGAAUAUUCCAUGUAAAUGAAAGCUAAGAAGAAGAAAAUAAGCCCUGUAAAUUCUGAAUGAACUCAAAGCCCAACCUGACCAAUAUUUUAUUAUUUUCUUUUUUUAGAUAUAAUUUUUUGUGUUCAAUCAUAUGCCUUUCGGUCAUUCAUUUAUUGUGACUGGGAAAUAAAUGUAAUUCUGGUGGCACAGUGGAUGAUUGCACAGGUAGUUUGUCUAGUAAUUCAUAUUAUAUUUGGUCUCAAUGAAGUUGCUAAUGGGUUAAUUUUUACCCUGCAUCUGUUCUCAUUUUAUUGGCACAAUAUAGUCCCAAACAUUUGAAGCACAAGGUCUACAACAAGUAAUCAUAAUGGGUUAUUCACCAGUUAUUUAAAUAUAUAUAUAUUUUUAUGCAGAAGGCACCAGGUGAAAUAGUCACUUUCAUAGAGAAAUAUAGGCAUUGUUGGAUGGAGAUAUUCAAUCUGCUUCCUACCUAAAUAUACACAUCUAAAAUGUCUUGUUGCAUUUUUCAUUCUUUUUUUUUUUUUAAAUAAAUAAGCAGCUCUAAGUAAUACCUAAUAAGUUCCUAAAAAGAGCCCUUUCCAUCUGGGUCGGAGCCCUGUAUUUACCCAAUUUGGAGGUAGUGAAGGAGAGAGAUAAGCGGUUUUGAAAAUUUGUGCCAGUAAACCAAAAAUACAAUGUCUUCAUCCAACAUGCUUUGUUAUCUCCAGUGUCCUAUUAUUUUAUAUUAUUUUACAUAUAUUGUCUUGUAAAUUCUCAAGUUCAUUGUAAACUUCCAUAAAAAAAUAAUUGCUCAAGGAUGGUUGGGUAGGAUAAAGGUAGUGAAUAAAAUAGUGAAAAAAUCACCAUGAAAGUAUAAAUAAAAUCAAAUUUAUUUUGUUCUGUGCUAUUUUUUUUCUCUGAGUCCUUCUUUAAAUCUCUGUUACACAGUUUGUUUUCUUAUAUGUAAUGUGGCUUACAUAUCAAUAGAUAUCAUGGCUCAAGACUGCCUCAUGUACAACUUAUAUAUUUCAGUAAUGAAGCAUUUGAUGACUGAAUAAUUUGAGUAUAAUGUAUCCUUUAAAGAAAUCAGACUAGAGUUACAUAAACUUAUUUAUACUACCUUUUGCAACAUUACAUGAGAAAGAUUAACAAACUCUGAUGGCAGUUCGUUUGAACUCUAUCGUUGUUCACAAUGAACUUGUUGUGAAUUAUCUUUAGUAUUUUUUGCAUAUCAGUUACACUUUAAGAUCACAGCCUCUCAUCCUUUUUAAAAUAACUGGAUGGAGAAAUUACUGGUGCUAGUGAAACCUAAAUACAUGAUGUUGCUAAGUAGGUUUCUUAUGUAAAGGACAUUUUAUUUUUUUUGGUUUUCUAAUCUAUCUGAUUAACAGUUAAAAUAUCUUGCCAAGAAGAUGUUUGUUUCCAGUGUCUGUUACCUUCAUGUUACUUGAGCAUUCAGAUCCUGUAAAUUAUUUAAAAUGUUCAAUGAAACAUUAAUUGUAUUUUCUUUUCAGAAUUGCUCACUACGUACAUUCUGCUGAAUGUUGGAAGUAAUUUGUCAUUGCACUAAUCUGCUCCAAAUAAGGGCUGCAUCUAAGAUUUUACAUUUAGGGGUGUAAAUUUGAGUCCUUUCAAUUUAAUGAAGUGUAGUGUUAACAAGGGAAACUAUAGUGUAUUUUCAACAUACAUUUAAAUUUUAUUUCAUUUUUACAUUUACCUGAAAGCUAUUUUAGGUGUGACAUCUAGUUAUGCAUACCAGCUUUUCUGCGUUUUCUUUGGUUUUAUUUACAGAUUUCAAAUUCUCCUUCUACUAUCUGUCAGACAAGGGCAACUUGGUAAAGGACUAAUGAGAUUACCAGAAAAUAUAUUAAAUUGUCUUCACUAAGAGCAGAGUCUCAUACUAGUAUUCGGAGCGAAUGGAACAGGAAACAGUCAAAUGUCGCAUUACUAAGCAGGCUGCACAGCCUGUGUUUUAAGUUAACAAUUAUUGUCAUUAAUUUUUACAAUAAUUACAAACUAUUAAUGAAAACAAGUUUAACUAUUGAGACAGUUACAUUAAGCUGAUGAUUUUAACAUAUAUAAAAUGCCUUCAAAGAAAACCUAUAGAUUCCCUUUUAAGCUGCUUUUACAAUUGUUAUGGUCUCACGGAGGAAAACCUUUUACAUGGGCUGGAUUAGUGCAUUGAUGACAACCAACCACUGUAUUUGUGAAAAAGUAUGUAAAUUUGGAUAGAAUUUUGCUGUGAUUAAAAAUCAUAAUCCAAUAUGAAAGAUUCAACUGUACAGUAGCUCAUAAAUCAGAAGAACACAAAUAUUGUCACUUUGUAAGAAUGGUUAAUCAGAAUUAAAGCCAGGUGAAAGAUCUUUGCAA